CACACACACACACACACUCUCUCUCUCUCUCUCUCUCACUCACACGUGCCUUUGACACAUACAGUGCGGCACAGCCUGAAUGACGGCAUGAUUUGCUCGUUUAGUCUUGGUUGAUUGACGGAUCUGACAGCUGGCGUGGCUAGUCGUCGCAACACUUUGUUUCAUUUCUUUUUCUGUGGUUACCCCUCAUCUGACCCCAUACUUACCCGGCCACUUUGGCUGGACGAACCAAAUCAUACAAAGAUCAGCCUUCUUGCCACAGCUGAAAGAUCAUCCUGAGAUACCAACAUGGCUCUGGUCUCUGGCCCCGGACGUGCUGCCGGGAGUAAAUUGGACCUGCAGCUUUAUGCUGACAAGCAUGUGGCCUAUGUAGAGAAUCUUGACACUAGGAGAGAUGAGCUGGAAUAUUGGCUCACGGAGCAUCUACGACUCAAUGGCGUCUACUGGGGCUUGACGGCUCUACAUCUCCUCGACCACCCCGAAGCUCUAUCUCGUGAGGAAUCGAUCAACUUUGUCCUUUCGUGCUUGUGGGACAAUGGUGGCUUCGGUGCUGCCCCCGGCCAUGAUGCGCAUAUGCUCUACACGGUUUCGGCCGUUCAGGUCCUCGUCAUGCUCGAUGCUGUGAACGAACUGGACAAACGCGGGCUUGGGGGCAAGCAAAAAGUUGCUUCUUUCAUUGCAGGAUUACAGGACAAGGAAACCGGAUGCUUCAUGGGAGACGAAUGGGGUGAGUUGGACACACGUUUCUUGUACGGUGCUUUCAAUGCCCUGUCUCUCUUAGGACUCCUUCAUAUGGUCGAUGUUCCCAAGGCGGUUGCCUAUGUCCAUGGAUGUCAGAAUUUAGAUGGAGCAUACGGUAUCCGUCCCGGAGCCGAGUCGCAUGCGGGCCAGGUAUUCACCUGCGUAGGGGCUCUGGCUAUUGCAGGAGAAUUGGAUACCAUAAACAAAGACCGUUUGGCUGGUUGGCUUAGUGAAAGACAGCUGGAGAAUGGCGGACUCAAUGGACGUCCGGAGAAACUAGAAGACUCCUGUUACAGCUGGUGGGUUAUGUCCAGCUUGGCCAUGAUCGGUCGACUUCAUUGGGUCGAUGGAAGCAAGCUCGCUGCAUUCAUCCUACGGUGUCAGGACCCGGAGGCCGGAGGAUUUGCUGAUCGACCUGGUGACAUGGUUGACGUCUUCCAUACAUGCUUCGGAGUUGCAGGCCUGAGCUUACUGAAAUUUGAGGGUACUAAGGAAGUAGAUCCAGUCUAUUGUAUGCCUAGAGCAGUAACAUUGAAAUGCUUGGCGAAGUAGCCAUCAUCGUCGUUUCAGAACGCUGUUUCUUUUGCAGUUCGUAGGCCAUCAACCUCCGCCAAUCUAAUAACCCGUUCUUCUUUUCAAUGGAGUAUGGGAUACAAGGCAGGAGAAGAGAGAACGCCAUUGUUACUUAUUCCGCUUCAUACCCCUCCACAAUGGCCUCGCAGUCGGCUGUUAAGAUCCAAUGGCACAUUUCUGUAAGAAUUGAUAGAUAAUUAUAAAUUUAAUGAUAAUUGACACGGCCAC